ACUCUUUUCUUCUUUGCUUCACUAAAACAGGAAUCUUGUUCCUGCUCUCUACAUUCACUUGCUGCCUUUUUCACUCUCUUUGGCUGAGAUUCAAUCUACAUUGUCUUUGCUGUUGUGAAGAUGGUUGCACAAAAUUUCACCGUUGAUUUGGAUAAACCCCUUGUCUUCCAGGUUGGUCACCUUGGAGAGAGUUAUCAGGAGUGGAUUCACCAGCCUAUUGUGAGUAAGGAAGGUCCGAGGUUCUUCGAGAGUGAUUUUUGGGAGUCAUUGACUCGUACUGUCUGGUGGGCAAUUCCAACCAUAUGGCUGCCUGUUGUUUGCUGGUUCAUCUCAAUGUCUAUACGUAUGGGGCAUACAUUUCCCCAAAUUGCUUUAAUGGUUGCUUUUGGCAUUUUUAUGUGGACAUUAGUGGAAUACGUUUUGCAUCGAUUCCUUUUCCACAUUGAAACAAAGAGUUAUUGGGGAAAUACCAUACACUAUCUUCUUCAUGGCUGCCACCACAAGCACCCUAUGGAUGGCCUAAGGCUUGUUUUUCCUCCUGCUGCAGCUGCUAUAUUAUGCAUUCCGUUUUGGCACCUGAUUAAGCUUUUCGCCACUCCAUCCACUACGCCUGCUUUGUUUGGAGGCGGUUUGCUUGGGUAUGUCAUGUAUGAUGUUACGCAUUACUACCUACACCAUGGUCAGCCCACCAACCAAGUUCCUAAAAACCUCAAGAAAUAUCACUUGAACCAUCACUUUAGGAUUCAAAACAAGGGGUUUGGGAUCACUUCAGCGUUUUGGGACCGAGUUUUUGGAACCCUUCCUCAAACUAAGGCAGCAGAGAAGGCUAGAUAAUUUGGUAGGCUAGCUUGGUAUUGGACAUUAGUUACUUGUGCUUGUAUUUUAGUUUUGUAGUAUGAUCUAUGGGGGGUUGGCAUCUCAUCUUUCUUCUUUCUUCUAUCCACAUUGAGUUGUUUGUGUAUAUGAAUUUUUAAUUGUUUACUUCUUUCGUCUCCAACAAUUUGAAAUCCCAAUUAUUUUGUAGAAAAUUAAUGCAUUGUU